AUGACUGAAAAUCUUUCCACACUCUUAAGCAUUUAUAUGGCCUCUCCCCAGUGUGGAUUCCUCUAUGGGUUUGAAGGGAACAGAAAAAACUGCAGAGGAAGUCAACUGAUCCUGGGGGGUCCUUCUGGGCCUUGUUCGCUUGGUGGUGGAGUGGAAGCGGUUUCUGCGCAGCCUGGGCAGGGUCUGGUGACCUUUGAGGAGGUGUCCGUGCAUUUCUCAGAGGAGGAGUGGGCUCUGCUGAAUCCAGGCCAGAGGACUCUGCACAAAGAAGUCAUGGAGGAGAAUCGUGGGAUCCUGGCCUCUCUGGGUAAGGAAUGGCACAGGGAGAGCAAGAAAAAUGGCCUACAUCAGAGAAGGAAAACUGAAACUGAAGAAAAGAGGGAAAACAAAUCCAUUUCUCUUGAAAGAUCAGAGGUCUGUGAAACUCCAAUACUAGAAGCAACAAGAAAAAAGAACAUUUACAAUAGGAAGACACAGAGGAAAAGCUCUCAGUACAUAAAGACUCAGAAGAUUCAUCUUAGCAAAUAUCAAAGACCUCAAUACUUAGAGUGUGAAAAACAAUUCAGUUUCAAAACACAACUUAACUUGCAUCAAAGAAUUCACACUGCGGAGAAGCCCUAUAAAUGUUUUGAGUGCGGAGAAAACUUUGCUCAGAGCACACACCUUAAGCAGCAUCAAAGAAUUCACACUGGAGAGAAGCCCAAUAAAUACUUAGAGUGUGGAGAGAGUGUUCCUCACAGCACAAGCCUUAAGCGGCAUCAAGGAGUUCACACUGGGAAGAAGCCCUAUAAAUGCUUAGAGUGCGGGAAGAGUUUUGCUCAGAGCACAACCCUUAAGCGUCAUCAAAGAAUUCACACUGGGGAGAAGCCCUAUAAAUGCUUUGAGUGUGGGAAGAGCUUUGCUCAGAGCACAACCCUUAAGCGACAUCAAAGAAUUCACACUGGGAAGAAGCCCUAUAAAUGCUUAGAGUGCGGAGAGAGCUUUGCUCACAGCACAAGCCUUAAGCAGCAUCAAAGAAUACACACUGGGGAGAAGCCCUAUAAAUGUUUAGAGUGCGGAGAGAGCUUUGCUCGGAGCACAAGCCUUAAGUAUCAUCAAAGAAUUCACAGUGGGGAGAAGCCCUAUAAGUGCUUAGAGUGCGGAGAGAGCUUUGCUCACAGCCCAAAACUUAAGCUGCAUAAAAAAAUGCACAGUGGGGAGAAGCCCUAUAAAUGCUUUGACUGCGGGAAGAGCUUUGCUUGGUGCACACACCUUAAGCGGCAUCAAAGAAUUCACACUGGGGUGAAGCCCUAUAAAUGCUUAGAGUGCGGGAAGAGCUUUGCUCACAGCUUAAGCCAUAAGCGGCAUCAAAGAACUCACACUGGCGAGAAGCCCUAUAAAUGCUUUGAGUGCGGGAAGAGCUUUGCUGAUAGCUCAAGCCUUAAGCAGCAUCAAAGAAUUCACACUGGGGAGAAGCACUAUAAAUGCUUAGAGUGCGGAAAGAGCUUUGCUCAGGGUUCACAACUUAAGCGGCAUCAAAGAACUCACACUGGGGAGAAGCCCUAUAAAUGCGCAGAGUGCGGAGAGAGCUUUGCUCAGAGCACACACCUUAAGCAGCAUCAAAGAAUUCACACUGGGGAGAAGCCCUAUCAAUGCUUUGAGUGUGGGAAGAGCUUUUCUCGCAGCACAAGCCUUAACACAACCCUUAAGCGUCAUCAAAGAAUUCACACUGGGGAGAAGCCCUAUAAAUGCUUUGAGUGUGGGAAGAGCUUUGCUCAGAGCACAACCCUUAAGCGACAUCAAAGAAUUCACACUGGGAAGAAGCCCUAUAAAUGCUUAGAGUGCGGAGAGAGCUUUGCUCACAGCACAAGCCUUAAGCAGCAUCAAAGAAUACACACUGGGGAGAAGCCCUAUAAAUGUUUAGAGUGCGGAGAGAGCUUUGCUCGGAGCACAAGCCUUAAGUAUCAUCAAAGAAUUCACAGUGGGGAGAAGCCCUAUAAGUGCUUAGAGUGCGGAGAGAGCUUUGCUCACAGCCCAAAACUUAAGCUGCAUAAAAAAAUGCACAGUGGGGAGAAGCCCUAUAAAUGCUUUGACUGCGGGAAGAGCUUUGCUUGGUGCACACACCUUAAGCGGCAUCAAAGAAUUCACACUGGGGUGAAGCCCUAUAAAUGCUUAGAGUGCGGGAAGAGCUUUGCUCACAGCUUAAGCCAUAAGCGGCAUCAAAGAACUCACACUGGCGAGAAGCCCUAUAAAUGCUUUGAGUGCGGGAAGAGCUUUGCUGAUAGCUCAAGCCUUAAGCAGCAUCAAAGAAUUCACACUGGGGAGAAGCACUAUAAAUGCUUAGAGUGCGGAAAGAGCUUUGCUCAGGGUUCACAACUUAAGCGGCAUCAAAGAACUCACACUGGGGAGAAGCCCUAUAAAUGCGCAGAGUGCGGAGAGAGCUUUGCUCAGAGCACACACCUUAAGCAGCAUCAAAGAAUUCACACUGGGGAGAAGCCCUAUCAAUGCUUUGAGUGUGGGAAGAGCUUUUCUCGCAGCACAAGCCUUAAGUUGCAUAAAAGGAUUCACACUGGGGAGAAGCCCUAUAAAUGUUUAGAGUGUGGUAAGACAUUUGCUCAGAGCACAAGCCUUAAGCGUCAUCAAAGAAUUCACACUGGGGAGAAGCCCUAUAAAUGCUUAGAGUGUGGGAUGACCUUCACUCAGAGCACAAGCCUUAAGCUGCAUCAAAGAAUUCACACUGGGGAGAAGCCCUAUAAAUGCUUACAGUGCGCGAAGACCUUUGCGCAGAGCACAUACCUUAAGCUGCAUCAAAGAAUUCACACUGGGAAGAACCCCUAUAAAUGUUUAGAAUGCGGGAAGAGCUAUGUUCACAGCACAAGCCUUAAGGAGCAUCAAAGAAUUCACACUGGGGAGAAGCCCUAUAAAUGUUUAGAGUGCGGGAAGAGCUUUGCUCGGAGCACACUCCUUAAGCAGCAUCAAGGAAUUCACACUGGGGAGAAGCCCUAUAAAUGUUUAGAGUGCGGAAAGAGCUUUGCUCGGAGCACACACCUUAAGCGGCAUCAAAGAUUUCACACCGGUGAGAAGCCCUAUAAAUGUUUAGAGUGCGGGAAGAGCUUUGCUCGGAGCACACACCUUAAGCAGCAUCAAGGAUUUCACACCGGUGAGAAGCCCUAUAAAUGUUUUGAAUGCGGGAAGAGCUUUGCUCGGAGCACACACCUUAAGCGGCAUCAACGAAUUCACACUGGUGAGAAGCCCUAUAAAUGCUUUGACUGCGGGAAGACCUUUCUUCAGAGCACAGAACUUAAGCAGCAUCAACGAAUUCACACUGGUGAGAAGCCCUAUAAAUGCUUUGAAUGCGGGAAGAGCUUUGCGCACUGCACAAGCCUUAAGAUGCAUCAAAGAAUUCACACUGGGGAGAAGCCCUAUAAAUGCUUAGAAUGCGGGAAGAGCUUUGCGCACAGCACAAGCCUUAAGCUGCAUCAAAGAAUUCACACUGGGGAGAAGCCCUAUAAAUGCUUAGAGUGUGGGAUGACCUUCGCUCAGAGCACAAGCCUUCAGCUGCAUCAAACAACUCACACUGGGGAAAAGCCCUAUAAAUGCUUAGAAUGCGGGAAGAGCUUUGCUCUGAGCUCACACCUUAAGCAGCAUCAAACAAUUCACACAGGAGAGAAGCCCUAUAAAUGCUUUGACUGCGGGAAGACCUUUGCUUUGAGCACAGACCUUAAGCGGCAUCAACGAAUUCACACUGGUGAGAAGCCCUAUAAAUGUUUAGAGUGUGGGAAGACCUUUGCUCAGAAUUGUGGGAAGACCUUUGCUCACAGCCCCCACCUUAAGCGGCAUCAAAGAAUUCACACUGGAGAGAAGCCCUAUAAAUGCUUUGAUUGCGGGAAGACCUUUGCUCAGAGCAUAAACCUUAAGCUUCAUCAAAGAAUUCACACUGGGGAGAAGCCCUAUAAAUGCUUUGAGUGUGGGAAGACCUUUGCUAUGGGCGCACACCUUAAUCGGCAUCAAAGUAUUCACACUGGGGAGAAGCCGUGGAAAUGCUUAGAAUGCGGGAAGAGCUUUGCUCACAUCACAAACCUUAAGCUGCAUCAAAGAAUUCACACUGGGGAGAAGCCCUAUAAAUGCUUAGAAUGCGGGAAGAGCUUUGCUCACAGCAUCAGCCUUAAGCGGCAUCAAGGAAUUCAUACUGGGGAAAAGCCCUAUAAAUGCUUAGAAUGCGGGAAGAGCUUUGCUCACAGCAUCAGCCUUAAGCGGCAUCAAGGAAUUCACACUGGGGAAAAGCCCUAUAAAUGCUUAGAAUGUGGGAAAAGCUAUUUUCGGAGCUCAUGCCUUAAGCGGCAUCAAAGAAUUCACACUGGGGAGAAGCCCUAUAAAUGUUUAGAGUGCGGGAAGAGCUUCACUCAGAGCACAAGACUUAAGGAGCAUCAACUAAUUCACACUGGGGAAAAGCCUUAUAAAUGUUUAGAGUGCGGGAAGACCUUUGUUCGGAGUACAAGCCUUAAGGAGCAUCAACGAAUUCACACUGGGGAAAAGCCUUAUAAAUGCUUAGAAUGCGGGAAGGGCUUUGCUCAGAGCUCACUCUCACGCCUUAAGCAGCAUCAAAGAACUCACACUGGGAAAAAGCCCUAUAAAUGCUUGGAGUGCGGGAAGAGCUUUGCUUACAGCACAAGCCUUAAGCUGCAUCAGGGAAUUCACACUGGGGAGAAGCCCUAUAAUUGCUUAGAAUGCGGGAAGAGCUUUGUUAAGAGCAGACGCCUUAAGCAGCAUCAAGGAAUUCACACUGGGGAGAAGCCCUAUAAAUGCUUAGAAUGCGGGAAGAGCUUUGUUCUGAGCACACGCCUUAAGCGGCAUCAAAGAAUUCACACUGGGGAGAAGCCCUAUAAAUGCUUAGAAUGCGGGAAGAGCUUUGCUCACAGCAUCAGCCUUAAGCUGCAUCAAGGAAUUCACACUGGGGAGGAGCCCUAUAAAUGCUUAGAGUGUGGAAAGACCUUUACUCGGAGCACAAACCUUAAGCUGCAUCAAAGUAUUCACAGUGGGGAGAAGCCCUAUAAAUGCUUAGAAUGCGGGAAGAGCUUUGUUCUGAGCACACGCCUUAAGCAGCAUCAAGGAAUUCACACUGGGGAGAAGCCGCAUAAAUGCUUAGAAUGCGGGAAGAGCUUUGUUCUGAGCACAAGCCUUAAGCGGCAUCAAAGAGUUCACACUGGGGAGAAUCCCUAUAAAUGCUUAGAAUGCGGGAAGAGCUUUGCUCACAGCAUCAGCCUUAAGCAGCAUCAAGGAAUUCACACUGGGGAGAAGCCCUAUAAAUGCUUCGAAUGCGGGAAGACCUUUGCUCACAGCACAAAACUUAAGCGGCAUCAAAGAAUUCACACUGAAGAGAAGCCCAAUAAAUGUUUAGAGUGCGGGAAGACCUUUGCUCAGAGUGCACAACUUAAGCAGCAUCAACGAAUUCACACUGGGGAGAAGCCCUACAAAUGCUUUGAGUGUGGGAAGACCUUUGCUCAGUGUGAAAGACUUAAGCUUCAUCAAAGUAUUCACACUGGGGAGAAGCCGUGUAAAUGCUUAGAAUGCGGGAAGACCUUUGCUUGCAGCUCAAACCUUAAGCAGCAUCAACGAAUUCACACUGGGGAGAAGCCCUAUAAAUGUUUAGAGUGCGGGAAGACCUUUGCUCGGAGUGCACACCUUAAGCAGCAUCAAGGAAUUCACACUGGGGAGAAGCCCUUUAAAUGCUUAGAAUGCGGGAAGACCUUUGCUCACAGCACAAACCUUAAGCUGCAUCAAAGAAUUCACACUGGGGAGAAGCCUUAUAAAUGCUUAGAAUGCGGGAAGAGUUUUGUUCUAAGCUCAAUCCUUAAGCAGCAUCAAAGAAUUCACACUGGGGAGAAGCCCUAUAAAUGCUUAGAAUGCGGGAAGAGCUUUGCUCGCAGCACAACCGUUAAGCAGCAUCAAAGAAUUCACACUGGGGAGAAGCCCUAUAAAUGCUCAGAAUGCGGGAAGAGCUUUGCUCACAAAAUAAGCCUUAAGCUGCAUCAAGGAAUUCACACUGGGGAGAAGCCCUAUAAAUGCUUAGAAUGCGGGAAGAGCUUUGCUCACAAAAUAAGCCUUAAGCUGCAUCAAAGAAUUCACACUGGGGAGAAGCCCUAUAAAUGCUUAGAAUGCGGGAAGAGCUUUGCUCACAAAAUAAGCCUUAAGCUGCAUCAAGGAAUUCACACUGGGGAGAAGCCCUAUAAAUGCUUACAAUGCGGGAAGACCUUUGCUCACAGCACAAAACUUAAGCGGCAUCAAAAAAUUCACACUGGGGAGAAGACCUAUAAAUGCUUAGAAUGUGGGAAGACCUUUGUUCUGAGUGCACAACUUAAGCAGCAUCAACGAAUUCACACUGGGGAGAAGCCCUAUAAAUGUUUAGAGUGCGGGAAGACCUUUGCUCAGAGUGCACAACUUAAACAGCAUCCACGAAUUCACACUGGGGAGAAGCCCUAUAAAUGUUUAGAGUGCAGGAAGACUUUUGCUCAGAGUGCACAACUUAAGCAGCAUCAACGAAUUCACACUGGGGAGAAACCCUAUAAAUGCUUAGAAUGCGGGAAGAGCUUUGCUCACAAAAUAAGCCUUAAGCUGCAUCAAGGAAUUCACACUGAGGAGAAGCCCUAUAAAUGCUUGGAAUGCGGGAAGAGCUUUGUUCUGAGCUCAAUCCUUAAGCAGCAUCAAAGAAUUCACACUGGGGAGAAGCCCUAUAAAUGCUUAGAAUGUGGGAAGAGCUUUGCUCGCAGCACAAACCUUAAGCAGCAUCAAAGAAUUCACACUGGGGAGAAGCCCUAUAAAUGCUUAGAAUGCAGGAAGAGCUUUGUUCAGAGCUCAGGCCUUAAGAGGCAUCAAAGAAUUCACACUGGGAAGAAACCCUAUAAAUGUUUAGUGUAACAUUUAUAGCAUCAUGGAAUAGAAGAGUUGGAAGGGGCCACUUAAGGCCAUUGCGUCCAACACCCCUGCUCAAUGCAGGAAUCCGCCCUAUAACAUACCUGACAGAUGGUUCUUCAGCUGCCUCUUAAAGGCCUCUAGUGUGGGACAGUCCACAACCUUCCAUGGUAACUGGUUUCAUUUUUGUACUGCUCUAACAGGAAGUUUUUCCUGAUGUCCAGCUUGAAUCUGGCUUCCUGUAACUUGAGGCCAUUAUUCUGUGUCCUGCAUCCUGGAAUGAUCGUGAAGAGAUCCUUGCCCUCCUCUGUGUGACAACCUUUCAUGUCAUUGAGGAGUGCUAUCAUAUCUCCCCUCCAUCUUCUUCUCCAGAGUAAACAUGCCCAGUUCUUUGAGUCUCUCCUAAUAGGGCUUUGUUUCCAGGUCCCUGAUCAUCCUAUGAACAUGCUCCAGCUUGUCUGCAUCCUUCUUGAAGUGUGUUGCGAAGAAUUUUCCCAGGGAUGGAUGUCAGACUGACUGGUCUGUCUUUUCCCAGGUUCCUCCUUUUUGCCCUGUUUGAAAAAGGGACAAUGUUAGCCCUCGUCCAGACAUCCGGCACCUCACCCGUCUUCCAUGAUUUCGCAAAGCUAAUGGACAGUGGUUCUUUGAGUUCUUCUACUAUCUCCUUCAUUACUCUAGGAUGCAGUUCAUUGGGCCCAGGAGAUUUGAACUCAUUCAAGGAAAUUAGGUGUUGCUUAACCAUUUGUUUAUCAAUCUCAGACUGCAAUCCUGCCCCCUCAAAUUCUGCAUCACUUUUUCCGGGGGUGGGUGGGUCAUAGACUGCGUUUGGGAGAAGACUGAGGCAAAGUAGGAGUUGAGCACUUCAGCCUUUUCUUUGUCAUCAGUUAUCUAUUACCCAUCCUUGUUAAGCAGUUGAACCACCAUUUCUUUCCUGUGUGUUUUACUAUUCACAUAUGUGGAGAAAGCCUUUUUAUUGCUUUUAGCAUCACCCGCUAAUCUCAGCUCAUUCUCAGGUUUAGCCUUCCUGGCUAGUCCAUGGGUCUUCACGACAUACCCGGGUUUCAAUCCCACACAGCAGGUAGUCU